AUGGUGACUGGCACCGGUGAUAAUGACUACGAGGGGCGGCCGCCGUACCUGCAUUCCAUGCUUGCCGGCGGCCUCGGCGGGACCUGCGGCGACAUGUUCAUGCACUCGCUCGACACGGUCAAGACACGGCAGCAGGGCGACCCGCACAUUCCGCCCAAAUACACCUCGCUCGGAUCGUCGUACUACACCAUCUUGCGGCAGGAAGGCAUUCGACGCGGGCUGUACAGCGGCUGGCUCCCGGCGCUGCUGGGGUCCUUUCCCGGCACGGUCAUCUUCUUUGGCACGUACGAGUUCAGCAAGCGGCACAUGAUCGAUGCCGGCGUGACGCCCAACAUUGCGUAUCUGGUGGGCGGCUUCCUCGGCGACCUCGGCGCAUCGGUCGUGUACGUGCCGUCCGAGGUUCUCAAGACCCGGCUGCAGCUGCAGGGCCGCCACAACAACCCGUACUUCCACUCAGGCUACAACUACCACGGCAUGACGGAUGCGGCUCGCACCAUUGCCCGCAUCGAGGGCCUGCCAGCCCUCUUUUACGGCUACAAGGCCACGCUCUUCCGCGAUCUGCCCUUCUCAGCCCUGCAGUUCAUGUUCUGGGAGCAGGCCCAGAACGGGGCACGCCACUGGAAGCAGAGCCGUGACAUCGGCUUGCCGCUCGAGUUUCUGACGGGUGCCGGUGCUGGUGGUCUCGCUGGCGCCAUCACCUGUCCCCUGGACGUGGUCAAGACCCGGCUGCAGACGCAAGUGAACCCGGAGGUGGCCACAACGACAACAACAACUUCAACCAACCAAACGGCGCCCAAGUCCGGCAACACACCUCCACAGAAGCGUCUCAUCUCGACGUCGUCGCCCUCCACCCAUACGCCGCGUCCCGGUGCCGUCAGCCUCAAGACGUCGUCGGUCUACACCGGCCUCAAGCUCAUCUACCGCACCGAGGGCGUCGGCGGCUGGUUCCGCGGCAUCGGCCCCCGUGUAGUGUGGACGAGCAUCCAGAGCGGCUGCAUGCUGCUGCUGUACCAGACCAUCCUGCGCAAGCUGGACGAGCUGCUGCCACCGGGGCCGCGGCCAGAGCUGGACGUGCUGUGA